CUGAUCUAUUUUCUCCUUUGAAUUCCGUUUCCCCUUUGUUCAUUCUCCACAUUUUGUUUGGAUUCCCAGAGAAAACUCGUUUAAUUUUACCUUAAUUUUUGGUUGCAUUUGUUCUGCCAACAUUCGUCAUUUGCAGGUUUUUUUCCCCGACCUGUAAUCAUUAAUUUUAUCCGUUUCCCCUUUCGCAGGCGUCUGCAAGUGAUUUGUACUGAAAACAGGUCUCCAGAUGCAGUCACAAAGGAAACCUCCGACAGAGCUUCCAACAAUGGAGCCGCAAGAUGGAGAAAUUUUGCCACUUUCAGGCAAACCCUACCAUGCUUUUAUUCUUUCUAAAUCGCAUGUCGCUCCCAUAUGUAGUUUGGUUUUGCCAGCUAAAUUCCAUUCUAUUUUACCUGCUAUUGUAAUCCCUGCGGUUCUUUUCUGUCAAGGCAAGAAAUGGACGAUAGAUUAUUAUGGGAACCGACGUGGUAAGGCACUCGAUACAAAACAGUGGAGGAAAUUUGUUAAUGAUAACCGUCUCAAGUCUGGAGAUGCUUGUGUAUUUGAGCUCAUGGAAUGCAGCAGCAGCAUACUUAAAUUUAGAGUUCAAAUUCUCAGAGGUGACAUACCUUUCCAGCUGCACGACAAGUUCAGUGGGGAGACGAAAGACACCCCCAUAUACCUCGAGUAGCUUCCCUUUCUGUGGUUCCUUACUUUUCAAAAGUUCUGACUUGCCGACAUCAUAUCCACUUGAUAUUUAGGGAACCUUCAAAUACAUGUUUUAGGAAGCAGGGAGAAACCAGACAUGGAACAACUCAUGCUUACUCAUCCCCCUUCUUGUACCGUGUGUUGUUGCAACAUCAUUAACCAUGACUGCUGAAAAGAGUAGACAUUAAGGCAAGCAUAAAUUAGACCAUUAUAUUUUAUUGGAUGAUACAAUAUUAAAUUUACUUUCAUCCAUCAGCUUAAACUUUUGGGUCAAUCAACGAUUUAACAUAGUAUCUUAACAGGUGGUCAAAGAGAUCAUGUAUUCGAACUCUUGUAAUGUUAUGUCGUUCCUAGUUAAUAUUGAUUUUCAUUUGUUGGAUCUUCUACAUAUUUCAAGCUCACAAUUGAGUCAAUUUAUCUUCA